AUGGAUUUGGGAAGCGAGUGCUCGGCGCACGAGUCUGUAACAGACAACGAAGACAUUUUGAAUGGUCCCACUAAAUCCGAAAAUGUUAUCGAAAAAACUGAGGUUCGAAAAAAUGGAUCAUGUGUAGAAAAUUGUGAUGAUUGUGACUUGUUCUGUAAGGUGAAGCUAAAUCAAGCUGGUGUUACCGAGCAUAUCGACCCUACUAGGAAAGGACGUGGUUUGAAGAAAUGGAGAAGGAUCGAGAGAGACCCGAAGAAGGGCGGGGGCAGUAACUUAAUUAUACAGGAAUCCUCGAAUUCAGAAGUAAGCUCGAAUAAACGUGCACAGGAUGCCCAACCGAACCAGAGGAGCCGGAGUUCGGGUUCCUCCACAAAUGCUGUGGUUCGAACUUUUGACAAUGACCCACAGUUUUCUGCCUGGGCCGACUCGGACAGCAGCGAGAACCGGAGCAGCAACCGAGUCAAAAUUGAGAAGGAGAACUUUCAUUCCAGCUUGGAGUCUGACUCGCGAAGCUUCAAUCUUUUAUUUGUGCAGGGAACUCGCUCGGUGAAUAACAGGAUACGGUACGGAAAUGGGGAUGACAUGGCGGGAGGUGAUGAACCAGGUGGGGCCGGAUGUGAAGCUUGUGUUGCUGACUCAUCUUCGGAAGUGAAGGAGGAAAAAAGUGAGAAUCAUGGGUUGUUGAGCAAUCAGGAUCCUCUACAUGAGUCCGUGUUUGAACUUGAGUCUGCAAAAGAAGCACUCGAGAAAGAGUUACUAAAGCUUAAAGAAAUUGGGAAAGAUUAUGCGGCCCAUGAAUCAGGUUCAGAUUCGGGCACCGAAGUUAUAGACAACAAACGGAAUACGAUAUCUAAGCAGUUCCCAUGUGAGGGACACCAUAGUUUCUCCCAAUCUGUGAAAUCCGAGGUUUUAGAAACAACGAGCAGGGAUGUGGAAGCAGAAGUAGACUACAUUUUCAAGAAAAAAUUUGAAGCUGAAGUGGAACAUAUGGCGAUUUCAAGAACAGUCCAAGAGUUGAGGGUUACAGCUUUACAUGAGAUCCCUAUUUUGGAAGAACAAAAAGCUUUGGUUUCAGAGCAAACACAAAUACUCGAUGAGCUUGAAGCUGCUGAGAAUAAAGCUGCCUUGCUCGAGAGAGAAGCCGUGAAGUUGGUAAAUAUUUGCCAAGACGUUGCCCGAGCAGAUGAGGUAAUGAAGUUACAGAAAGGGGUUUGUAAGUACAGUUUGUAUUUCUUGGUACAGUUAGUACUGCUGCUAGUUACGUUAGGGGCCUUUUUGUUUUGGUUAUCGCCUAGGUAUGUGGAGGUUGUGCCGACUUAG